GUAUCCAUCAAAAUUCGCAGAUUAUUUAUUUUUUCCUUCUCUCCUGCAAGGCUGCAAAUACACAAAAACGAAAUCGAAUCCCACAUAAGUUAUUGUUAUUUGUUUUUGUGUGUGUGAUAUAGGGAUUGAUUGAUUUGUGGUGUAAGAUAAGUAAAUAUGUAUUUCGAUUACAGAUAUCAUGGAACAUCCUUUGAACAAACAUAUCGGUGUUACCCUGCCUCUUUUAUUGACAAGCCCCAGAUCGAAAAUGGUGAUAAAAUUAUAAUGCCUCCUUCUGCUCUUGAUCGGCUUGCUUCCCUUCACAUUGAUUAUCCAAUGCUGUUUGAGCUGCGCAAUACUGCUACUGAGAGAGUUUCACAUUGUGGUGUUCUCGAGUUCAUUGCUGAAGAAGGCUUGAUAUACAUGCCUUAUUGGAUGAUGGAAAAUCUGCUUUUAAAAGAAGGAGAUACUGUGCGCAUAAAGAAUGUGACCCUUCCAAAGGGUACAUACGUCAAAUUGCAACCACACACAUCGGACUUUUUGAGUAUUUCAAACCCAAAAGCUAUCUUAGAGACAACUUUGAGGAACUUUUCCUGUUUAACUACAGGAGAUAGCAUUAUGGUGGCGUAUAACAAUAAAAAAUACUACAUAGAUAUUAUCGAAUCGAAGCCUUCUGGUGCGAUAACUAUUAUUGAAACUGACUGUGAAGUAGACUUCGCUCCUCCUCUUGAUUACAAGGAACCAGAGAGGCCUGUGGCUUCCGAUCCUUCAAGCAAGGCACCUGCCGAAGAGCAAGCAGCUCCAGCCGAGGAACCAAAAUUUAAUGCAUUUACAGGAUCAGGGAGAAGGUUGGAUGGUAAACCUAUAAAGUACCAGCCACCACCUGUAUCCUCCCCUUCCGGGUCCAAAGGGAAGCAACCUGCAGUUUCUAGUGGAGCCGGGCAGCCAUCCACUGGUUCUACUUCACAAAGCACCUCUCGCCAAUCUCAAGGAAAACUAGUCUUUGGUUCUAAUGCCAGCCGCGGUCCAGCUCCUCAUAAGCAAAAGGAAGAGCCUAAAGAGAUGAAACAAGAGCAGCCCCCGAAAGAAGAACAGAAGUUCCAAGCCUUCACAGGGAAGAAAUACUCACUGAAGGGUUAACCAUCAGUUGUGUUUAUUAACUUUUAUCAAUCAUGCAAGGCUAUAACUUGUGAUUCAACUUAUCCUUGAAUUUAAAGUUAACAAUCAUGUAAGUUUACUGCCUCCAUGGUUGUGUGUGUGCUCGAAGGGGCUCUUUAAGGGUUAAUUUGUGCUCAUGUUUUUGAGUACAUCACCAAUGUGUCUCUCACAAGUCACCUGGCAGUAAUGGGAAACUGUUUAUUCGACAUUGUAGGUAUAUAAUGUCUUGUAUCAUGGAAUUAAUAAUGUAUGAAUCCUUGAUAUUUAAAUCACAUUAUGAACUGGAAA